UUUUCACUCGUUGAUCUGCUACCUUAGUCGAUGCCUUCGGCUACUGAUGUGGUCAUUACUCUUCGUUGGUAUCUCGAGAAGCGUGCAUUCAACAUGCAAAUUUGGACUUGGCAGCCUUGUUUUAUAUUAAAGCCGGCCCGGGCAGUAUAGACAGGGGAAACAUAUGGACUCUGAAACAUUCUACACAUUACACUAAUGUCGUUGGGAAGGCUGUGGAGGGGAACAGUUGCGUGUGAAGCACCCCUCCAUGACUGACCAUCGGUGUUGUGGAGCCACAGGUACCGAGAGUGGGGGCCAGUUUGGAGAACCCCUGUCCCCAACGACGCGGUCGUCGCGCUUUUUCCAACUUGACGCGUAAAGUACCUUCAUACUAGCAUCGUCAACCUCAAGGUUUGCCUGCAGUAGCAUCACCUUCACAGCUUAACCUCUUUGCAUUGAUUUUCAUUCCAGGCCGAUCAAUCUUCUCAAUAACCGGAAAGUCUUCUUUUCCAGAUACAAGCGAAUCUACAUAUCCGAUAUCCACAACUAUGGCCAACUUUUUUGACCUCAAGGCCCGAAAGGCUGCCCUUGCCAAUGGAGCAGCCACCAAAGAAAUCGAGAAGAAAGAUGGCGAGAACACCAGAGUGCAACCAUGGGUUGAGAAAUACCGACCCAAAACCCUCAGCGAUGUCACCGCCCAAGACCACACCAUCACCGUCCUCCAGCGAACCCUCCAAGCCUCCAACCUCCCCCACAUGCUCUUCUACGGACCCCCAGGAACAGGCAAAACCUCGACCAUCCUCGCCCUCGCCAAAGAGCUCUACGGUCCCGAACUGAUGAAAUCCCGUGUCCUCGAGCUCAACGCCUCCGACGAGCGCGGCAUCUCCAUCGUCCGCGAAAAAGUCAAGGAUUUCGCCCGUAUGCAGCUCACCAACGUCUCCUCUGCCGCCUACAAAGCCCGCUACCCCUGCCCCCCGUUUAAGAUCAUCAUUCUGGACGAGGCAGACAGCAUGACGCAGGAUGCGCAGUCGGCCUUGAGACGGACAAUGGAGACAUACAGCAAGAUUACCCGUUUUUGUUUGAUUUGCAACUACGUCACGAGGAUCAUUGACCCAUUGGCGUCGAGGUGUAGCAAGUUUAGGUUCAAGAGUUUGGACCAGGGGAAUGCGAAGAAACGAUUGGAGGAGAUUGCAGAGAAGGAAAAGGUUGGGUUGGACGAGGGUGCGGUGGAGGGGUUGAUAAACUGUGCGGAGGGGGAUUUGAGAAAGGCGAUUACUUAUCUGCAGAGUGCGGCGAGACUGGUUGGGGCGGUGCAGCAGCCUGGUGGAGGAGACGAUGGGGAGGAUGGGAUGGAUGUGGAUAAGAAGACGGUUUCGGUCAAGAUCGUGCAGGAUAUUGCGGGGGUGAUUCCUGACGAGACGAUUCAGAGACUUGUCAAGGCGAUGAGGCCGACGACUUUGGGGGGGAAUUAUACACCUAUUGCGAAGGAGGUGGAGGAUAUGGUGGCGGAUGGGUGGAGUGCUGGGCAGGUGGUAACUCAGCUUUAUCAGGCGGUAGUGUAUGACGAGACAAUUGAGGACGCGCAAAAGAACAAGAUUCUGUUGGUAUUCUCGGAGAUUGAUAAGAGGUUGGUGGACGGGGCGGAUGAACAUCUUUCGAUUUUGGAUCUGGCGUUGCGAAUAUCGGGUAUUUUGGGUGGGAGAUAGAUAGGGAGGCAUGAUGUUGCACGGAAUAAUGUAAAUUCCCAUGGCGUCUUUGAGGCAGCAAGCAGGCAAAAAUACAGGGGAACUGGUAGAAUCGUCUUUUUUUUGCCACCUUUAACUACAUAAUACAAUACAUUUCACUCAUCAG